AUUUCGAGUUGUCGAGAUGGCAAGUUGAUACCAACUAAACACCUUAUUCUCACUUUUAGAAAGCCGACAUUGCUAUCUUCUGUUACGGCAGGAUAUCUCUGUUGCCCAGUUUGCCCAUACGUUCCAAAUACACCAGCAACGACAAAUGAAAAGACAUCCAGUCAGUCAUCCUACUUGAUAGUACAUGCUACUGGAGAAAAACCUCUUUCGAAAUGCUCUCCAUUUCUCAUUCAAAAAUUAUUUGAAUCAACUGUUGGACACUUGAAGAAGAUCCAGAAAUUGAGGUCAGGGGACCUGCUGAUAGAAACAGCCUCACCUCAACAAUCAGUAAAACUAUUGGCAACAAAGACAAUGGGAGACAUGGAAGUUACUGUAACCCCACAUGGAAGUCUAAACUCAUCACGUGGGGUGAUAUCCGAAAUAGAUCUGAUGUCAGAAGACGAAUCAGAUAUCCAAAUUGGUUUGUCAGACCAAGGUGUCACUGCAGUCCGACGCAUUUCCAUUCGUCGAGAUGGCAAGUUGAUACCAACAAAACACCUUAUAUUGACAUUUAACAAACCAACCUUGCCAUCUUCUGUUACGGCAGGAUAUCUCCGUUGCCCACUACGCCCAUACAUUCCAAACCCGCUGCGUUGCUUUAGAUGUCAGCGGUUUGGACACUCACAGACAUCAUGUAGAGGAAAAAAAGCAUGCGCACAGUGUGGAAAUGAAGAUCACGAGAGUACUGAAUGUAAAAGUACCCCAUGCUGUGUAAACUGCAAAGAGGCCCAUCCUGCCUACUCUCGGAAAUGUCCCACGUGGCAAAAAGAGAAAGAGAUUCAGCGGGUAAAGACGGUGAAUAAUAUACCUUACCCAGAUGCACGACGCAUGGUCACUUCAAAUGCACCAGUGAAACAGAAGACAUUUGCUGCUGCUCUGAAAUCCACAAAGACAUGUGGAGUUCAGACAGACAUUUCUGUUUCACCAAAUGAAUCUUUAACUCGCCACGAAAAAUGUUUGCUUAUACCAACUACCCAAACUGCAGAAAAGGAGAGCAAGAAGACCAAAACACCCCUACCUAAAACAGGGGUAAUAACUAGAAACGUGGGUUCGAAGAAGGCUGCUAAGAACCCGCUCAAUAAACAAAAAUUAAAAGCAGCCAUCUCCAAAUCUAAGAGAUCAGAGGCUCAGUCUAUGAGUGAGUUCUCUGACUUUUCUGAGGAGGAGACUAAUAAGGAGGUGACACCACCAACUUCACCUCCGAAAGGCAAAUCAGCCGUAAAACUGAAGAGGGAUACCUUCACAAAGAAUGCUGCCUCAAACACAUAAUGGGUUAUAAAAUAAUCCAAUGGAACUGUCGUGGUUUCCGCAACAACUUCUCUGACAUUAAACACUUGACAUCAUCUACCUCAUCUCUCUGCGUGGCACUCCAGGAAACCCAUCUGAAACCUGGAGAAAGAAUUACUUUAAAAGGAUUCAAUCUCUACCGCAAGGAUAAAGAUAGCCACAACCGUGCCAGUGGAG